UCGGAACCAGUUGAAGUUUGGCCCUGCGGGGUCUCCGUUCUGCGCUCUCACAUUACCCCAGCGCACGCUGCUUCCGUCAACAAUCGUCCUCGCGAGUGUGCAGCCCCGCCCGCUCUCCGAUUGGUGGAUCUGGAUUCUGCCCUCCUGUGAUUGGUGGAUUCUGCUGCCCGUCCUCAUGUUUUGGAACCAAGAGUUUAGUUGUCACCCUGGUCUCAUCCUCCAAGACCAGCAUGUAGGAGGGAAGUAUCCGCUGCUUUUAUCCUCUCUGCAGCCGUGAUCGCGGGGUGCAUUUAUCUUACACAGCUGGGGACUGGGAUAUCCUCUUCAUCUAGCCAUGAACUUUGAUGGCAUGGAUCCAGCCCUGGUGGAAUAUGCACCUCCACUUCAUCCACCUCCACUCCAUCCACCUCCAUUACAUGCACCCUUGGACCAAGUUCUUGAUCCCCACCUAAACCCCAACCUUCUGCAACCUGUAGACCUAGAUCCUGAUGCAGCCGGACUAGAUGGGCUUUCUGUCCAGGAUAAUGUUGGACUAAUGGGUGGCAUAUACUCUGAGCUCCACACAGCAGUGUCUGAAGUUGGCAUUCCACUCUCUGCUGUUAACUUUGAUCUGCAUGAGGAGUUGCUCUGGGUUGGCAACCAUGGAGGUCAUGCUACCUCAUUCUUCAGUCCUACCCUUGAGAGAUUUUCCUCCUUCCAAAUACAUGCCAGCAAUGACAUCCGACAGAUUCAGAGUUUGCAGACAGGGGUCAUGUUCCUCACCAAAAACAAUCUGAGAUGUAUGACCCGUGGAGGACUUACCAUGUUUGACUACCUGAUGGACGAAAGUGUGGACAACCACAGCAUGCUUCUUACAGAAAAUAGUAUGCUGCUCAUGGGAGGGAUGCAAAAUUAUGUUAUUGAGAUGGACUUGAGUACUGUGCAGGAAACAAACCGGUAUGUCACAGAGGACCCUGGAAUUACAGUCAUGAGGCAAUCCAACCGCUUCUUUUUCUGCGGGUAUUCAUCAGGAAAGUUGUCCCUCUGUGAUCUGCGUACAUUCAACAUGGAACACGAAUUUGAUGUAUAUUCUGGCAGCUUGUCUGACUUUGAUGUUCAUGGAAACCUUGUAGUGACCUGUGGCUUCUCCAGUCGCAUGAAUGUAUUGACUUGUGACCGUUUCCUAAAAGUAUAUGACCUGCGUAUGAUGCGAGCUAUCACUCCUCUUCAGGUCCAUGUAGAUCCCCUUUUUCUGCGGUUUGUUCCGACAUAUACCUCACGACUAGCAAUCAUCUCACAGCAGGGUCAAUGUCAGUUCUGUGAACCCACUGGUCUUGCCAGUCCUGCAGACAUCUUCCAUGUCAGCACAGUGAGCCAAGCAAUCAUGUCAUUUAAUGUAUCUACUAGCAAGCAGGUGCUUGCAUUUGGGGACUCUGAUGGCAUUGUUCAUAUUUGGUCGACCACUCCUGAAGCCGUAUUCAAUGGCUACUCUCGAGCCACAGAAUUUGCAAUACCCUGCAUUGUGGACAACUUGCCACAUUUGGAUUGGAAUCAAGAUCUUUUACCGCUUUCCCUUAUUCCUGUGCCUCUGACAACUGAUUCUCUUCUAUCAGACUGGCCUGCUUCUAACUGUACUCCAGCACCUCGACCAGCUCCUCCUGUAGAUCCUGAGAUCUUGCGCAACAUGAAGCAAGUAGGGUUUAUUGGUUACUCUCCAAAUCCUAGAACAAGACUUCGGAAUCAGGUACCAUAUCAACUGGACAAUGAAUAUGAUUACAGCCAAGUUCCAGAAUCUCCAAUUGGGCGAGAGGAAGAGCCUCAUCUCUACAUGGUGGCAAAAAAGUACCGCAAGGUGACCAUUAAAUAUUCAAAACUUGGUCUGGAAGACUUUGACUUUAAACAUUACAACAAAACCUUAUUUGCUGGCCUGGAGCCUCAUAUUCCCAACGCCUACUGCAACUGCAUGAUACAGGUGACGUACCUGAUGGAACCAAUCAGAUGCCUGCUACAAAACCACUUGUGCCAAAAGGAAUUCUGUUUGAGUUGUGAGCUAGGCUUCUUGUUCCAUAUGCUAGACUUGUCCCGAGGUGACCCUUGCCAAGCCAGUAACUUCUUGAGGGCUUUCCGAACGAUCCCAGAAGCAGCAGCCCUUGGGUUGAUCCUGGCUGAUUCUGAUGAGGCAACUGGAAAAACAAAUAUAGGUCGUCUGAUUCAGAGCUGGUGCCGUUUUCUCUUCACCCAGCUCCAUCAAGAAACACAGGAGCUGGAGGGGCCACAAGCUUAUCGUGGUGCUGGGAGCAGCAGCUCUUUUACAUCAACAGGAGGUUCUGUGAUUGGUCAGCUAUUUGGAUGUGAAGUGGAAAACUGCAGCAUGUGCCGAUGUGGAACAGACACCGUGCGUGUAGCCACAACUCUGCUUUUCACUCUGUCCUACCCAGAUAUCAAAAGUGAUAAACCUCCUCAGAACUAUGAGUUUGUGGAGGUAUUGAGAAGAAGCAUUUGCUCAGAGCAGAAUACCCAGGCCUGGUGUGACAACUGUGAGAAAUUCCAGCCUUCUGUUCAGACCCGGAAUAUUCGCCGUCUUCCUGAUGUGCUGGUUAUAAACUGCGAAGUGAAUAGUUCUAAGGAGGAAGAGUUCUGGAAAGCACAAGCUGAGUAUGCCUUCAAGAAAGCGCUGGGAAAUAUAAAACUGUUUUCCCCACCUCCUCCCCCCAAGGAGCCAGUCUUUGGACAAUGGGGUGAGUACAGUUCAGAGACGUGUGAGCCUUAUGCACCUUCGGUUGAAGAACUGCGCAAUGUAUGGGUACCUUAUUCUCUCAAGAUGAAGCUUUCCAAAGACAAAAAGCUUGAGGUUUUGAACUGCUCGGAGACUGAGGAGGCAACAGAUGAAGACACAAAUGUGUAUGACCUUACAGCAACUGUUGUUCAUAUCCUGGAUCAACGCACAGGUGGUAGUCUGGUGGCCCAUAUAAAAGUGGGAGAGACCUACCACCAAAGAAAGGAGGGUGUUACGCACCAGCAGUGGUACCUUUUCAACGAUUUUCUUAUAGAGCCUGUUGAUAAGUGUGAGGCGGUGCAGUUUGACAUGGCAUGGAAAGUUCCUGCAAUCUUAUUCUAUUCCAAAAGAAAUGUGAAUGUAAAGUACAACUUGUCAAUCAAGAACCCAAUAGAAGCUAAUGUAUUGUUGGCAGAAGCAUCCUUGGCCAGGAAACAGCGGAAGUGCCAUGCAACUUUCAUUCCUCUUUUACGAAGCGAAAUGCCACAAACAGGGGAGCUGGUCGGACUUGAUGCAGAAUUUGUUACACUCAAUCAGGAGGAGGCUGAGCUUCGCAGUGAUGGUACAAAGUCCACCAUAAAACCAAGCCAGAUGUCUGUGGCCCGUAUUACAUGUGUGAGGGGGCAAGGACCCAAUGAGGGAGUACCAUUCAUUGAUGACUACAUCUCUACACAGGAACAGGUUGUGGAUUACCUUACUCAAUACUCUGGUAUUAAACCAGGUGACCUAGAUGCCAAGAUCUCAUCUAAGCAUUUGACAACCCUUAAAUCCACAUACCUAAAGCUAAGGUUUCUCAUUGAUGUGGGAGUAAAGUUUGUUGGUCAUGGGUUGCAGAAAGACUUUCGUGUGAUAAACCUCAUGGUGCCAAAAGAUCAGGUGAUUGACACUGUAUACUUGUUCCACAUUCCCCGCAAAAGGAUGAUCUCUCUUCGUUAUUUAGCUUGGUACUUUCUUGAUCUGAAAAUCCAAGGGGAGACACAUGACAGUAUAGAAGAUGCUCGGUCAGCUUUGCAGCUUUAUCGCAAGUACCUGGAGUUGAGCCGGAAUGGGACCGAACCUGAGAAUUUCCGCAAGGUGCUGAAAGGACUCUAUGAGAAGGGUCGUAAGAUGGACUGGAAAGUUCCAGAGCCAGAGAACCAAAACAGCCCAAAAAAUGCGCCAGUGUAUUCAGCUAUGGUGGGACUCUAAUUUUAUUUUAAUUAUUAUUUUUUUUAAUGAUAGUGGAAACUAUUUUCCAUUUUUAUUGCUUUUUUUAUUUGUAAUGAAUUGUGAUUUCACAAGUCCAAAGCCGUUCUGUGAACGCAGACAUCACAUUUUAAUAAACAAAGCUGCAACUGGC